AUGACAGGCCCUACGAUCCACAGGGACAUGGAGAAGAGUUCAGGAUACUGUGAGGCCCCAGAAAAACUGGACCUGUCUUUCUCCAUUGAGGCAAUCCUGAAGAGACCCACAGAAAGAAGAAAUCUUCCCAGACCACCAAGGAUUGGUGGAGAGGACUCGGGGCAGACAACUAUCCCAGGUUCCAAGCUAGACAGGCCCCGACAGGAUCAGCCCCAAGAAGAAAAAAAGAACAAGCGGAGAGUUCGCACUACCUUCACCACAGAGCAGCUGCAGGAGCUGGAGAAGCUCUUCCAUUUCACCCAUUACCCUGACGUCCAUGUCCGUUCCCAGCUGGCUUCCAGGAUUAACCUGCCUGAAGCUCGAGUACAGAUCUGGUUCCAGAAUCAGAGAGCCAAGUGGAGGAAGCAGGAAAAGAGUGGGAACCUCAGUGCCCCACAGCAGCCUGGGUCCUGUGCUGACACCCGCUGCUCUGCCCACAUUGCUGUCUCCCACGGGAUGCUACCUACUCUCUCAGACUCAGUUCUCGUCAAGCUGGUUCCCUGCCCAGAUUCCCCUUUUCCCCCAGCACCCAUGGGACCUACAGCCCCUGCCUGGCCCUGUCUCCCAGCAUCCUUGUGUCCCUACCUUCAUCCUCCCACUCCCACACCCCAAGUGGGAUGGUAUCUGUGCAACUUCAACAUAGGGACUGGUUUCUCUCUUCCCAAGCAAGCAAUUCUCCUCUCUCAGUGA